CUGACGGCACGCAGGCGGGAUACUAGUCUGAUAUUCUGUUGCAGUGAGCGGACCAGUAUCUCCGGGGAGCGUCAUCCCCUGUUGCAUCCUUGUCCAUCCUCCCAUCCUGGAUGCUCAUCCCUAUUCAUCGCCAUCCAACUCGACAAGUCACUCACUCCGUAUGUCCUGCUGACUGUCCUGCUGACUGUCGUCAUUAUCCCCGCAAAAGGACCGUCCGAUUCACACAUCAAGACGCGGUUCAGCGCGAUGCCCUCGCCGUUGCCAUCGCCAGAUCCAUCUCGUUAACCACAACCCACGAUGUCUUCCAAGCCGGUAACACCUGAGAGCUCGCCGACGCAUACCACGUACGAAAUCAACCUGCCCGUACGAGACGCGCGCUCCUCGCAGUCCUCACAGUCUUCGCAGUCCUCGCAAACCUCGCCGUCCCCAGAGUCGUCGCCGCCGCAGCACCCGCAACCCGGCAUCCACAUCCCCAAGAUAACGCCGCUCGCAUCAGGGCCGUCGCCCGCCGAACUCGCAAAGGGCCUCGACGGGAAAUAUGUCGACGAGUUUGGCAACAUUCUGGACUGGGACGGGACGGUGCUCGGCAGGGUAGCCGGCGAUCUCCCGUCCAUGGUCGGCCGGCCCGUCUCAACGUCUGGCGAGAUUCUAGACCCGGACGGCCAGGUGGUGGGACACGUUUGCGAAAACUACAGCAAGCCAGCCUUGAAGCCGCUGGGAGGCGGGCUUCAGGUGGACGACGUGGGAAACAUAUACGAUGGUGAAGGAAACGUGGUUGGGAAGCUCAACGCCCCGGGUGGCAAGGGCAAGGAAACAAACGAGACAAGCAAGAACGAGCAAAGCGCUCCAGCUGCUCCGACUCUCAGGCCAGAUGAAAUGUGCCUAGAUGUCAAGUCAACGUAUGAUGGCAUCCAGCUCAUCAUCAAGAUACCCACCGUCUUCAACCAAGACUAUAAUAGUAAAAAGUAGUUUUCUUUUGUCUAGAGUUGUGACGCGAAUUUCUCUUGUCCAACAUCCAAGAAUAGUGAAAACUGGCUUCCAGGGCCACUUUAAGUUCAUCCAGCGUAAACCCA